AUGUCCAAGAUAAAAAGUUUUUUUCGGGAAUCCGAUCUUGAAAAGAAAAACUCCGGAGACGAUGUCGUCGAAGGGCUUUCGGUAGUGCAGUCGCAAGAGUUUGACCCAGUCGAUGAGGCAAUAGCCGCCAAGAUCACUCAUGACGACUAUGCUGGUAUCCUAGUCGAAGAUGACUCCCCAUAUCCAGAGGUUAGAGCUUCGGUUCCGCCCACCGAUGACCCAGAAAUUCCACAGAACACCAUUCGUAUGUGGGUCUUGGGUUUCAUUUUGACCACGUUGGGCUGUGGUAUGAACACUUUGUUCAGUUUCCAUUCCCCAUCCUUCUCGAUCACAACUUAUGUCACCUCCAUCAUCGCAUACCCCCUCGGUAAGGCAUGGGAAUUUGCUGUCCCCAAUGUCAGUAUCUUCGGAUUGCCUUUGAAUCCCGGUCCAUUCAACUUGAAGGAGCACACCAUCAUCACCAUUAUGGGAUCUGUGUCUUUCGGAGGUGGAGCUGCUUAUGCCACCGAUAUUCUCACAGCUCAGAACAGAUUCUACAACUCCGAUUUUGGAGUUGGAUUUGCUAUCUGCGCCAUCUUAUCUACCCAAGUCAUUGGUUUCUCACUUGCUGGCUUGGCACGUAAGGUUUUGGUCGAUGCGCCAUCUGCCAUUUGGCCAGCUAACUUGGUCACUGCAACUUUCUUGACCAAUAUUCACAUCAAUGAGAACCAUAAAGUCGGAAACUGGAAAAUCUCCAGAUUUGCUUUCUUCGGCAUAGUGGCUAUCUCUUACUUCUGCUGGAACUUCUUUCCAAACUAUAUCUUCACCGCCUUGUCUUACUUCGCAUGGCCAACUUGGAUUGCACCCAACAACACCGUGGUGAAUCAAAUCUUUGGUGCUUCAUCCGGUAUGGGACUCAUGCCAAUCACCUUUGACUGGAACCAAAUCGCAGGUUACAUCGGUUCGCCUUUGAUUCCACCUGCAUCGGCCAUUGCAACCAUCGCUGUAUCGAUUAUUGUCAUCUUUUGGGGUGUUGUUCCUGCAGUGUACUGGACCAACACUUGGUAUUCGAAGUACUUGCCAUUUUCAGCCAGUGGAUCAUAUGACAGAUACCAACAGAGUUACAAUGUCUCCAAGAUCGUCAACAAAAAGACCUUGACCUUCGAUGAACAGGCAUACAAAGAGUACUCGCCUUUGUUCAUUUCUUCAACAUUUGCUAUCUCUUAUGGAUUGUCUUUUGCCGCAAUCAUUGCCACUUUGGCCCACACUAUUUGCUUCCAUAGUAAGGACAUCUAUCAACAGGUGAUGCAAAAGGAGAAACCAGAUGUGCACUUGCGCUUGAUGAGACAAAACUAUAAAAACAUCCCAGAAUGGUGGUACGGAGUUGUCUUCCUCGUUUCUUUGGCAUUGUCGAUCGUGACUAUCAGAGUAUGGAGCACAGAGAUGCCCGUUUGGUCUUUGUUUGUUGCGCUCGCAAUUGCAAUCAUCUUUUUGUUACCUGUCGGUAUCAUUUUCUCUUUGACUAAUAUUUCCGUCGGAUUGAAUGUUGUCACUGAGUUUAUCAUUGGUUACAUGGUUCCAGGUAAGCCUUUGGCUAUGAUGUUCUUCAAGACAUUUGGUUACAUCACUAACAGUCAAGCCGUUUCGUUUGCCCAAGACAUGAAGUUGGGCCACUACAUGAAGAUUGACCCUCGUCUUCUUUUCUGGGCUCAGAUGCUUGCAACAAUCUGGGGAAGUUUGGUGCAGAUUGGUGUCAUGAGAUGGGCCUACGGUGCCAUCGACAACCUUUGUUCACCUCAUCAAAGCUCUGGUUACACUUGUCCUAAUGGUAGAGUUUUCUUCAGUGCCUCCUUGAUUUGGGGAGCUAUUGGCCCAUCAAGAAUGUUCAGUCAUGGUUCCUUGUAUAAUUCCACCCUUUAUUUCUUUCUCUUAGGCCUUUUGCCAGUCGUCAAUUGGGCUAUUUUGAAAAAGUGGCCAAACUCCAAAAUCAGAUGGUUGAACUGGCCUGUUUUCUUCUCUGGUACCGGAUACAUCCCACCAGCAACACCAUACAACUACGCCAACUAUUGCGCAGUUGGCUUGUUCUUCGGCUGGUUUGUUAAGAGAAAGUGGACUCACUGGUACUUUAAGUAUAACUACUCCCUUUCUGCCGGUUUGGACAUCGGUCUUGCUUAUUCCACUUUGAUUAUUUUCUUGUGUUUGCAGUUGACCAACACCAACUUCCCAGCUUGGUGGGGAAAUGAUGUCGUGAACUCAACUCUUGACACGAACAUCGAGACCUGGUCAUAUGUCUUACAAGAGGGACAAUCCUUUGGACCAAGCACUUGGUAA